CAUUUGGUCACUAUAAAUUAUACUAACAAAUAAUUAAAACCUGUAGUCAUAUACGGAGGUACUAACAAAUGCACAUAGUGAUAUGAUUAGAGUAGUAUGACAACCCUCGACCUAAUGCUAAAUGAUAAAAGUUCCAGAUGUUGUUUACUUUAAAGCAGUCGAGCUUCACAGUGGCUAGAGGGUGCACGGCCGGAAUUAGAUAGCACGAAUACACACCGACUUGUUAGUAACGGAGAUAUUUUCGAAAUGGAACUGAACUUUGUAACUACAUUAAUAAAACAUGAUGUGAACCAUAAUGUGAGACAGUGCUUCAAAUCGAAAAAGCCGUUUGUCACCAGAAAGGAAGAAGUGAUGGCGAUCAAAAAUAAAUUUCCAACCAAAAUACCGAUUAUAGUGGAGAGGUAUCAGAAAGAAAGAAGUUUGCCAACAUUGGACAAGUCAAAAUUCCUAGUGCCAGAAGACAUCACAAUGUCACAGUUUCUAGUUAUAAUUAGGAACAGAAUAAAAAUAAAACCUAACCAAGCGCUGUACUUAAUAAUCAACAACAGAUCUAUGCUGAGCAUGAGCCUGACUAUGGCGCAGGCCUACGAGCAGCACGGCGACGAGGACGGCUUCCUCUACAUCACGUACGCCUCGCAGGAGGUGUUCGGCUACCAGGACGAUAUGACAGGAAAACAAGAAGUGGAAGCGAUAAGGCAUAGAUUCCCAAACAAAGUACCGUUGUACGUGGAACGUUACAUACGGGAAAGAGAAGUCCCGGCGUUGGGGAGGAAGAAGUUUCUAGUGCCCCAAGAGCUCACGAUGUCCCAGUUCCUCUUUAUAAUCAGGACCAAGAUGAAACUACGAGAUUCACAAGCCCUAUACCUGGUGGUGAACGAGCGCGUGCUGGCCAGCCACAGCAUGACCAUGGCACAGGCGUACGAACAGUUUCGCGGUGACGACGGCUUCCUGCACAUCACGUACGCCGCGCAGCAGGUCUUCGGCUGAACCAAGUACUUCAUGCUGGAUUAGUGAAACUGAUGUUCCUGCAAUGGCGUCUUCAAGAACAAAAGACUGAUAGUAUUUUAAUUUGUUAUUUUCAUUCCUAUUGUGAUAUUUUAUAUGAAUUAAUAAGAUUUCAAAAGUGUUUAAAUUAAACUGCGAUGUCCGAAGAGAGCCCGGGCUGGUCCUUGCGAAACCUCGGAAUGGCUUUUGAAGAUAAAUGUGACAUUUGCGACUUCUUCGAAAUGAUCUAUCUGUUUACUUCUAAGAAAUAAAAGCUAGGUUUGAUCGUUUUGUUUGACUUUAAUGUUGUGUGUUUUAUGUUAAUUUUAGAAUGUUAGGCAAGGAGAUGAUAUGUAGUCGACGAAUGUAUCUAUUUUUAUUAAUGCGAUUUAUAUGUAGGUAUAUGUAUUUUGGAGGUCUGUACUGUUCAAAUGUUUUAUGGCCUUACUUGUUCAAAAUGAUCUCAAAAACAUGUCUAAAAAAUAAAGAGAUUAAAUUAAUCGUGCAAUUGAUUUGUGAUCGGUAAGAAUUAGGUAGAUAUUAUAGAAAAGCUUAUGUAAAUUGUAAUUUGCAUUAGAUUUCGUAUUAUGUACCCAGAUGUAAAUAUACUAAGCAUUAUCGAUUUUUCCCUGAAAUAAAGUUUUUUUAAAGA